AUGUUGCUAUUAAAAAAUUUUAUAGGUGGAGAAUUUUUAUCUCUAAAAGAAGAAAGCUAUAUUGAUAGUUAUAAUCCUUCAACUGGAAAGGUUCAUGCAAAAAUUCCAGAUUCUAGUAAACAAGAAAUAGAUCAAGCAGUACACGCUGCUCAAAAAGCAUUUUUAAAAUGGUCAAAAACAUCAGUACAAAUCAGAUCAAAAAUUAUGUACAAAAUAGCAGAUUUACUUGAAGCUAGAUUAAAUGAAUUUGCUGAAGCUGAAGUACAAGAUCAAGGCAAAACUAUUACUUUUGCAACCAAUGUUGACAUUAAUAGAUCGAUCUAUAAUUUUAGAUAUUUUGCUGGUUAUAUUCUUCACACACAAGAAAAAGCUCAUGUGUUGGAUGGUGUUUCAUUAAACUAUGUUCAAAGAUCUGGAUGUACAUGUGUAGUAAAACCUAGUGAACUUACAAGUGUUACUGCAUCCAGAUCAAAUGCAGGUCAAGCUUUAGUUUCUCAUCCAAAAGUUCCAUUAAUCUCAUUCACAGGAGGAACUGCGACUGGAAAAAAGGUUCUUGAAACGAGUGCGCCAUUUUUCAAAAAAAUUUCAUUGGAACUUGGUGGAAAAAAUCCCAAUAUAAUUUUUGAUGAUUGCGAUUUUGAUAAUGCUGUUGACACAAGUAUUAAAGCAGCUUUUAGUAAUCAAGGAGAGAAAUUGAUUGUUGGCGAUCCUAAAGAUUCCAAAACUCAAGUUGGUGCAUUGGUUAGUAAACAACAUAUGGAAAAAGUGCUUGGAUAUAUUGAAUUAGCAAAACAAGAGGGUGGUGUUAUUGAGUGUGGCGGUAAACGUAAAUUGAUGGAUGAUGGUGAAUUGUGUGAAGGUUAUUUCGUUGAACCAACAGUUAUCACAAAUGUUAAGCCAUCUUGUCGUGUAGCACAAGAAGAGAUUUUUGGACCUGAAGAAGUUAUAGAGUAUGCAAAUGAUACUGAAUAUGGUUUAAGUUGCUCGGUAUGGAGUGGAAAUGGUAAACGUGCAAGACGUGUUGCUGAAGCAAUACAAGCAGGAACUGUAUGGGUAAAUUGUUGGUUGAUUAGAGAUCUGGGAUUGCCAUUUGGUGGAGUAAAAAAAAGCGGUAAUACAACUUUUGCAUUACCUAAAUUCUCAAUUACAUCUGAUAACAAUAAUAAACGUGACGAAAUACAACCUUUACCAUUAGGAGUGGGUACAGGAGCACAAUUAUGUGAUGGAGAACUACCAUUAUCGUGUGGUGGGCCAAAAUUUAUUGAAAGUGGUGGUGAAGCAUAUGACAAUAAUUAUGAAUCUUGUAGCCAAGAAAGCCAUUCGGUUCAAUGCUGUGAUGAUUGCAGCGAACAACUAUCAUGGUCUAAUCAAGGAGCUGGUUGUCAUAAUAAUCAAUAUGCCGAAAGUUGUGAUGAACAAAAUGAUGUUUUGUAUGGUGAUGGUUAUCAAAAUUCUUUAUCUCCUGAAUUACGACAACAACAAGUCUCUAGAACUUCACUCGACGAAGAGGCUUUAGCUGAAUAUGUACGUAUUUUGUAUAAACUUGAUCUAUUUGUUGAAAGUGAUUAUACAGUUGUACUUUUUACGGGUGGGGCAAAACAUAAACCAGGUUGGACAUGGAUGUUCAAAGCAUACAAGAGUUUAAGUAGAAAUUUAUCACAAUUAGCUAUAUAUGUUCCUAUUACACAAAUUGAUAUACCCCCAGCCGUCUAUGAACAUAAUUUAAAAUUUGAAGAUAAAAUAACUUUACCACCUUCACCCAAUUAUGAUGAAGAUGAAACAUCAGUGUUUAACGUUCCCAUUGAAACAUUGAUGGGUUUAGAAGGCGAGAAAGGAUUACCCAGUGUAGUCAAAGAAUGUGUUACAUAUUUAAGAUCUGAAGGCGUUUUUCGUAGAUCGCCUAGUUCAUUAUUAUUGAAACAAGCAAUGGCAGCAUAUAACAGAGGAAAUCCUGUUAAUCUAGAAGAUUAUGGUGUUCAUGUAGCAGCAGUACUUUUAAAAAUGUUUUUUAGUCAUUUACCAAUCGCAGUCUUUCCAGCAGAAACCUAUGAUGCACUUAAGUUUAUACAAUCAAAACCAGAUUACGUGAAAAGAAUUGAAUACAUCAGAUCAUCAGUUUUCCCAUUAUUAUCACCUGCUGUGAUUGUUCUUUUGAGAUAUGUCUGCUCACUACUUCACGAAAUUUCUAAACGUCAUGACAAAAAUCUAAUGACACCAUAUAACUUGGCUGUUGUGUUCGCUCCUAAUCUGGUACACAGUGGAAAUCCAAAGAUUGAUAUUCAACAUUGUUUAUUAAAUCCUAAUGACCCAAAUGUUGGUGGUGGUGUUGGAUUAUUGAUGAGAUUGGCAAUAGAAUAUUUUGAUUUGAUGUUUGAAGGUUAUGAUGAACAAAAAGAUAUAAUUAGAGAAAUUUUUACAGAAAAUGGUCCACCCCCAAAAUAUCCAUCCUUACGUUUACGUAAAGUUCGUAGUCUCGCUGUACUUUCAAAUAAUAACAACAAUGUAAAUAGUCAUAAAAAUAAUUUGUAUGAUACUUUCCGUAGUGUUGGAUCUGGCGUGGAGGUCAAUGGGAUACAAGUGCAAGGAAUGGUCAGCAAGAGUCAACCAAGUACACCUUUAGUAGAAAAAUGUUUUUCAAAAUUCUAUGGGUCAUAA